CGUGACAAUCGCCUGUUUACAAAAGGAGUGUAGGAUGAGAGUGACAUGCUGAAUCAGGUUGUCAUUAAAUCAACUCACAGAUACCACCAACAUGGCUGAAAAAUCGUCGUCUGCUAUAGGUUCUACAGAAAAGGGAAGGCAUUAUGCGAAUAGACUGAAAGUGCGAGGCAUCGAUGUAAUGAGGGAUCCACAUCUGAAUAAGGGUAUGGGUUUUACCCUCAAGGAGAGACAGUUGAUGGGCAUACAUGGUCUACUACCACCAGCAUUACUAGAUCAAGAUGGCCAGGUCUAUCAAGUCAUGCAAAAUUUCCAUCGUUGGGAGAAUAAUCUUGAUCGUUAUAUUUACCUCAUGUCUUUACAAGAUAGAAAUGAGAAACUAUUUUAUCGAGUUAUUACAGAACAUGUUGAACUUAUGAUGCCAAUUAUCUAUACACCAACUGUAGGCUUGGCUUGUCAAAAAUAUGGAAUGAUUUUCCGUAAACCAAGGGGUCUUUAUAUUACUAUACAUGAUAUUGGCCAUGUUUAUGAGAUAUUGUGUAAUUGGCCUGUUGAUGAAGUUAAAGCUAUAGUUGUUACUGAUGGUGAGAGGAUAUUAGGGUUAGGUGAUUUAGGAGCCUAUGGUAUGGGUAUACCAGUUGGUAAAUUAUCAUUAUAUACAGCACUAGCAGGAGUACUACCUCAAACAUGUUUACCUAUAACUAUUGAUGUCGGAACUAAUAACGAGACUUUAUUAAAUGAUCCACUUUAUAUUGGAUUGAAACAGAAAAGAGAGAGAGGUCCAGCUUAUGAUCAAUUAAUAGAAGAAUUUAUGAAGGCUGUUGUCAAAAGGUAUGGAGAAAAUGUUUUGAUUCAGUUUGAAGAUUUUGGUAACAAUAAUGCAUUCCGACUUCUAGAAAAGUACAGAAAUAAAUAUUGUACAUUUAAUGAUGAUAUACAGGGUACUGCUGCAGUAGCAGUUGCAGGAAUAUUAGCCAGUCUCAACAUAACCAAAAAGAAGUUGUCUGAAAAUAAAUUUGUGUUCCAGGGAGCUGGAGAGGCAUCAAUAGGUAUAGCUAAACUAUUAGUAAUGGCAUUAAUGAAAUCUGGUUUAUCAAAAGAAGAGGCUGUAAAAAGGAUAUGGAUGGUAGAUUCCAAAGGUUUGAUUGUUAAGAAUCGACCAGCAGGGGGUUUAACUCAUCACAAAGAAGAAUUUGCACAAACUCAUGCACCAAUAGAUAAAUUAGAAGAUGUAGUAUCAACAGUAAAACCAACAGCUAUAAUAGGAGCUGCAGCUCAACCUCAGGCUUUUAAUGAGAAGAUAUUAACAGAUAUGGCCAAGUUUAAUGAAAGACCUAUUAUAUUUGCUUUAAGUAAUCCAACUAGUAAAGCUGAAUGUACUGCGGAACAAGCUUAUACUAUUACCAAGGGUAAAGCAGUAUUUGCUAGUGGUAGUCCAUUUCAAGCAGUGACUGUAGGAGGUAAAACAUUUCAUCCUGGUCAGGGAAACAAUGCCUAUAUAUUUCCUGGUGUAGGACUAACUGCUAUUGUAUGUGAUGUUAGAACUAUUUCGGAAGAAAUCUUCUUAGAAUCAGCAGAAGUUUUGAGUAAAUUAGUAGAAAAAUCGGAUUUAGAAGAAGGAAGAGUUUAUCCACCAUUAUCUAAAAUACUCGAAGUUUCAACAACUAUAGCUGUUAAAGUAGCGGAAUAUGCCUAUAAACAUAACUUAGCUUAUCGUUAUCCUAAACCUGACAAUCUUGAUACAUUUAUUCGAUCACAUCAAUAUAGUGUUGAUUAUCAGACAUUUGAACCAGAGUUAUAUGAAUGGCCUGGUCACAAAUUAUAAAAAUCCCCUUUAUUAUAGCCAGACAAAAUAUUCUAUAGUUUAAAACAAAUAUAUUCACUAACGAUAGUCAACAGUAUCAGUGUUCAUUAUCAUUUCCCUGAUUGAAUAUUGGGCCAAUUCAGAUGUUCAAAACCAUAACUUUUUUUGAUAUAUUUCCAAAGAUAGAUAAUUUCUACUUACAAUUAAAAUCCAUUUUAUAUUCUAAAGGCUAGAAUGUAGAAAUGAAGUAUGUAGAAAUUUUUCAGAAUUACAAUUAAAAUCCAUUUUAUAUUCUAAAGGCUAGAAUGUAGAAAUGAAGUAUGUAGAAAUUUUUCAGAAUAAUAAGAUCUGAGCUGAGAUAUGCAGUAGGGUAAAAGUAGAUAUAAGAUAGUUCAGUUAAUUUAUUUAUUCAUUCACCUAGUUUAUUAUUUUGAAAUAAAUUUUCUGUAACUAAAUUCCACUAGGAUUUCUAUUAAUAUUCUGCAUAUUUUUUUUAAAAAAAAAUUAUGUUACAGGAGCCAUACUAUAUAGAUACAUUUUACUCAAUGAAACUGGAUACUUUAGUGCAAGAAUUGUAUAAACAUUAUGCUUGUCAAGUGCAACUAUCUGAAUCUCUGUUUUCUCGGUAAUUUGAGCUGAAGUUUUCAAACAAGGUAAUUUCUUUACAUUUUGGCGUUUGAUUUGCAUACUCAUCCGAUUUCUAAAAUCAGAUAUCCUGUGAACUCUAAGACUGCUACUUUAGGUAUUUUAACAUUCCUUGACUUAUGUUUUGUUAUUAUAUUUAUGUAUUGUUGAAAUCUGUAUUAUGUAUUCUAUUUAUAAAUAUAGUUAAUUUGUUUUCCUUUAUUGCAAGACAACUUGUUAUUCUGAAAUCAACCCUUUGAACUAUUAGACAGUGUAUUAUAAUGCCUGUUAUGAAUAGAACAGUUGUGUAACUAACAAUAGGGUGGGGGGUGCAAGGCGAUGCACAUUUACUGACUUUAUUACUGGUGUUUGAACCCUUGAUUUCCUAUUACUACGCAAUGCACAUUUAAUUAAAUUGUUUUUGUUAUAUUGAUGUAGGUAUUUGAAUACCAAGUUACAGUAUUAAAUAAACUGAUUUAUUUAUGUCUGUAUGUAUGAGAUUACCCAUAUUUUAACAUCGGUGUAAAUCCCACUGUAUACAAGUAGAUCUAUAUAUGUCACUCACUUUAUGGUAAAAUAUAUUUUUUAUUUUAAA